AUGAAACGAGGAUAUAAAGUUACAGACGUGAAAAGGGAGAAGAAAAUAGGUAUUGCGGCCGAAAGUCUCGAAGAAUUAAUUGCAAGAUCCUGCAAAAAGUUAGGUUUCAAUGUCAGCUGCGCGGAGUGCCGACUAUAUGUGGCUGAGGACGGCACGCAAGUCGACGAUGACGAGUACCUCGCCACUUUGCCCUCACAGACUCUCUUUAUAUUAUUGAAAAAUAAUGAAAAUAUGGUCACUGAUUUUGAUUACUACUAUGAUCUGAUCCGAUCUCAUAAGAAGGACUACAUAGAAACAGGUGCUGCAGCCAAAGAAUUUCUCAGCACCAAUAUCAAAGAGAAGUUAAAAGUGUUCCAAAAAUACAUUGAAGCAGCUGAUGAUGCACACACCAUGCUCAGUGAAAGGGCUCAAGAUCCUAAAUGGUUUGAAGGUCUAGAAUCAUCAGAAAAAACAAAAGAGCAAUCCAUGUCGAAACGCGUCAAGGAUCGUAUGAGAGGAUAUUACUACAAAACUAAGUCAGCGCUACAGGCGUCUGAGGUCUACAUCCACUCUAAGAACGGAUACGGUAAGAAGCUCAUAGACACAUUCUUAACAGAUUUGAGAAAAUUACUGGAAUCUCACAAAUACAAUGACACUUACUUCAACCGAAAAGCUACUAAAAACUUACGACUGUGCGACGAGUACGGUCAGUUCGAGUGUGGUGGGCUUUGGAGUUCAGAUAAAUGUCUAUAUGAAGGCACACACGUCAUCAAUCCGUAUCGGAGCCGCGAGGAGCGCAUUAUAUUCCAAACUUGGAAUUUAGACCACAAGAUUGAGCUAUCAAGGUCAAUAAUACCAAAAAUUCUACAAGCAAUAGAAGGUCUGUACAAUGGUGAUAUAAAAUGUAUGGUAUGUGAUAAAGAAUCGAAUAUAGGCGGUAUCGAGACAGACAGAUACUAUCUGCAGAUUUUUACACGGGCGAACCUUAAGUUGGUCCAUAUUGUGUGCCACUACAAGGGUAAACACGAUGCUGAGUCUGAUGUUUACACCGUGUGCAAGAAAUGUUGCGGUCAGCAGAGUAUCGAGUAUAACUAA